AGCCGCCUUCACUUGGGCCUAGAGCCGGAGCAGCUCGGGAGGGCGGGGGCUCCUGUGGGUUCGGGCAGAGAGGAAGCUCAGCAAGGUUGUCAACAUGGCUACUGACUCAGAUGUGCUGCAUUUCCAGUUUGAACAGCAAGGGGAUGCUGUGUUGCAAAAGAUGAACCUCUUGAGACAGCAGAAUUUAUUUUGUGAUGUAUCAAUAUAUAUCAAUGACACUGAGUUUCAUGGACACAAGGUGAUUUUUGCUGCCUGCUCCACAUUUAUGAGAGAUCAGUUUUUGCUCAAUCAGUCGGAACAGAUGCGAAUCACCAUAUUGCAGAGUGCUGAGGUUGGCAGAAAGUUACUAUUGUCUUGUUAUACUGGUGCUCUCGAAGUUAAAAAGAAGGAGCUUUUGAAAUAUCUCAUUGCUGCAAGUUACCUUCAGAUGGUCCACAUUGUAGAGAAAUGUACCGAAGCAUUGUCUAAAUAUCUGGAAAUUGAUGCUUCUAUGGAGAACAGUAAUCAGAACACAGAGAAAUGUCAUUCCUCAGACACUGAGCUGAGAAAUAAAGAUGACAAUUUGGAUAAAGACUGUGAAAUAAUUGAAAUUUCUGAAGAUAGCCCUGUUAAUGUAGAAUAUAAUGUAAAACGGGAGCAAGGGGAUGUCUUACAACCUGCAAUGCAAAGUUUAAUAUCGGAAAGAAAGGACAUGAAAACUCCAGAGAUUUCCACAGUUGAAAUAGGAUAUAAAGAUGAUGAAAUUUGUAUCUUUAGAAUGGAUUCCAUGAGCACAGCCAAUGUGGAAAGUGAUCAUUUUCCUCAGCCUUGCACUUCCUCUAAAACAAGUUUAUAUUUUCCAGAAACACAACAUUCACUGAUAAAUUCUACUGUUGAGAGUAGAAUUACAGAAGUGCCUGGGAGUCAUUUUCAGGGCUUUGUCAGUGACAAUACAGAAGGAACCUCGAGUGUAGUGAGUGGAUUUCAGAGUCUGGAGGAUUCUGGUUAUUCAUGGCGGCACCAGUGUCCUAAAUGUCCCCGAGGAUUUGUCCACCUUGAAAACUAUCUGAGACACCUAAAAAUGCACAAACUUUUCUUAUGCUUACAGUGUGGGAAAACAUUUACACAAAAGAAGAAUCUCAAUAGGCAUAUCCGAGGGCACAUGGGCAUCCGCCCAUUCCAGUGCAUGGUUUGUCUGAAGACGUUUACUGCUAAAAGCACACUUCAGGACCACUUGAAUAUUCACAGUGGGGACAGACCUUACAAAUGCCAUUGUUGUGACAUGGACUUUAAACACAAAUCUGCCCUAAAAAAGCACUUGACUUCAGUUCACGGAAGGAAUGGUGGUGACAAACCAAACCUUGACACAAUUACACAAAUCAAAAUAGACUAUGAUUAGUGGAUCUCUGGAUAGAUGUAAAGACGUGCUCUAUUUAAAAUCCUGUUGUGGUGAAAUGCCAGGUGUUCACCAAACCUUUAUGUAAGGGAGACAAGUGCAAAUAAAUAUCUAAUUUUGCUUACU